CAAAGAUGUGACUACCUACUGAGACUAAUCAAGCAUUUUACAAACUUUCUUCUAAUGCCUAUGAGACUUCAGAAUCUAAAAAGGAAGGUUCUGGAUAUCUUUAAGCAGCCAACACACCUUACUUUUCCACAGGAUAAUUAAAAUGUCCUUAAGCAAUAUCUCAAAUUGCAAUGUCUACACACAAAUGGAACCAUUUACCUAUUUUUACUAUUUAAUUUUCCUCAUUGGAUUUAUUGGGAGUUGUUUUGCCCUAUGGGCGUUCACUCAAAAGGAUCAGAAACAAAAAUGUAUGAGCAUCUAUCUAAUUAACCUCCUAACAGCUGACUUCCUGUUGACUAUGGCAUUGCCAGUAAAAAUAAUUGUUGACUUAGGUAUUGCCCCCUGGAAACUGAGGAUAUUCCACUGCCAAGUCACAGCUUGCCUCAUCUAUAUUAACAUGUAUUUAUCAAUCAUAUUUUUGGGAUUUGUAAGCAUGGACCGCUGCCUUCAGUUAAUGCACAGUACUAAGAUCUAUCGAAUCCAAGAACCUGGAUUUGCCAAGAUGUUAUCUGCAGUUGUAUGGAUAAUGGUUCUCCUUAUAAUGGUACCUAACAUGGUGAUUCCAAUCAAGGAAAUAGAACAAAAGCCUACUGUGGGGUGUAUUGAUUUCAAAACAACAUUUGGAAAAGAUUGGCAUGUGUUUACUAAUUUCAUAUGUACAGCAAUAUUCCUGAAUUUUUCAGCCAUGAUACUUAUUUCCAAUUUUCUUGUUGUUAGACAACUUUACCGAAACAAAUACAGCGAGAGUUAUGCAAAUGUAAAGAAAGCUCAGGUAAAUAUACUGUUAGUAACGGCAGGCUACAUCAUGUGUUUCGUUCCUUACCACGUUGUUCGGAUCCCCUAUACUUUGAGCCAGAGUGAUGCUAUAACUGAUUGUCUUCUGAAACAAACCCUCUUUAAAGCAAAGGAAUCCACUCUGCUGUUGGCAGUGUUAAACCUCUGUUUUGAUCCUGUUUUGUAUUUUUAUCUUUCCAAGACAUUUAGACUGAAAAUUACUGAGACUUUUACUUCACAUAAAGAAACAAAGACUCUCACAGGAGAAGGAGUACACUGAGAAGAGGCACAUUAUAUACAAAAGUACUGUAGUAUUUCAGCCUAUGUAAGGAUAUUAAAGAAGGUACUAACAGUGAUUCCCCCAAGAGACAGUGCCCCCCCUCCCCUAAUUUGUCCCCCACACUUUAAAAUCCAACAGUUUCACCAAGUACAAAAAUCUCUUGGGUCUUCUGUUAAAACUUGUAAGCUACUGUCUAUAGAAACCAUUGAUUGUAUCUGUCCUGUGAAAGAUACUUUAUUAACUAUGUAAAACUUACAAACAAGUUAAUUGACUUUGUUCUUAAAGUAACUGAUACAAUGUAAACAAAGGCUAUAAGCCGUUAAGUGACUUUCACUUCAUUGUAACAGCAACGGCUCCUAGACCCCCACCCUCUGUGAUUAAAGGGCCGGGAGUCUCAAAUGAAUUAGCACACAUCCCGAAAGUGGUGGAGCAGUAAAUUAAAAUAUGGUUAAAAUAUUAAAUGUAUGUCGAUGAAUGCUUGAUGUACAUGAACGGUUAGGGAGGUGCCAGCCUAGAAAGGGAGUAUCCAUCGGCCGAAGAAUGUGUCAAGUGAACUACCAGACAACCCCCGGAGGGUAAACUAGGAUCCACCCCAUCACCUGGAAGGAUGAGAAACACAAACUUUGGACAGUGUGGAGCCACCAGGAAUGUGCCACUUUGGACAGUGUGGACUGGGAGCCACCAGGAAUGUGCCAUCUGCUAAUUAAGUCAGCAACAGCAGAAUGAAACAGCUCCCAUGGACUAACAUAGGAAUUAAUUCCUAUAAAAAUGGACUCUCAAGACUGAGGACUUUGAGUCUCAGGUUUUGCUGCCAACCUCCAGGAGCAUCAGGUGCAUCUGACACAGACUCAGCUCCAUCCUCAUGACCAAGAUACCUGGCUAGUAACUUGGCAUGAGCAACUUCUAGGCUGGUAACUAUAACACCUAUACAAAACUUAAAUAAAUAAAUAAAUGUGUGUGUGUGUGUGUGUGUGUGUGUGU